AUGGCGCCCUCAAGCGGGCACCUUCUUGUUCCGAAGGUCUUGCGAAUCGUCAAAUUCGCCAUCGACAAGACUUCGUCCAUCAUCCGGGCAAAAUUGCCUCAAUCACGCAUUGCAAACAAUGCUUCACUUCAACCUAUCCGCAUUUAUGCCCAAAAUCAACCCGUCCACCCUCUCGCCUAUCUGAGACAAUCCCGCUCUCAAAACAGCAACCGCUGGUUCUCAACCACCGCCCAUCAAUUCACUACCUCCGCCGCAAAAGCCCGCACCGGCGUUAAAUAUGACCGCUCAACCUUUCCGAUAUCGAAAGUCAGCAAGGCAAUUUCCCAGCGCGGCUCCGCACCCUUUGCCUCGACACUUCGUCCCAAUUUGACAGGUGGAGCUCUACCCCGCUGCGUAGGCGGCUACAGUCUUGGUGGAGCCGGGAAAGGAGCCAGGCAUUUCAGUCAUACAACUGGUGUUCACGCUCAGGUAGUUCACAACGUCUCCGCCGGCAUCAGAGCCUUCUUUGUUGGCGGUGGGAAAGCGAGAUUCGAUGGCGUCAACCCUGUCACGGGCGAGAAACGUUUCCGCUCCGUUUCGCAAACUGAAGAUGCUGUCUACUCGCAAUGGGAAUCACCUAUGUCUUCUUCAAUGAAAGGAACGAACCUCGAAUUCAAAUUUAGCCCCACCAUCACUGCUCUCUGCCCCUCUUUCUCGUCCGAAAAGUCAAACCUGGACGUGACAUCCCUCAGCGACAUCGACCUCCUCUCGACUCUUACAUCCGACUUCGCCCGCGCAAUCCAGGAUCUCAGCCUCAUCCUCACCGAUCUCCGCGCCCUCUCUGCCUUGGGCGAUCUACCCAUUUCCCUUAUCCAUACAGCAGCCGGGCCAAUCCUGAGCGUGCGCUUCCCGGGCUGCGACGCCGAUCUCGUAUCCCGCCUCUGCGAUGAAGUAGGUGUAAGGCGCGGCUUGGUGGUCGAAGAUGAAGGCUGGCACACUGCACUGGUCGGACAAGCAGGGCAAGCGGAGAAAGAUGUAGAAAUGGCGCUCCUCUUCCCCUUUGCGCCAAACGCCACACCCUCCCUCCCCAGCGAGGGCGGAGAAUACUACUUCACCAAUGCCACCCAACGACAGCGACAACCCGAGCAAGUAGAUUGGCGCAACAUGCUCUCGCCCUCUCGACAAUCGCAAUACACCGCAGAGUCACUACACGAUAAUCACAGUGCCGAAGACAGGACGCUCAAGUCGCCGGACCGACACGCUCAUUCGCCCAUCUCUGGGUACGAGAGUCUAGGUGACAGCGAUUUCGCAUCCGAGGAUCCAUACUUCCACACAGCGUCACCGGUCAAGGCUGCGACUACGCAGGGGACGAGGGCGGAAAGUGGGGAGUAUGAGGGGUUGGAGGGCAUAUACAAAUUCUUGCAGGUUUGUGAGCAGGCGAAGCGGUAG